AUGGCUACUCUGAUUCAGAGAGUAGCGCAGCACGCUUACCGGACAUUUGCCCGGGAUUUAACAGAUACCAGUGACAGUCUUUUCCAAGAAAAUAUCGCGUUCUUGGGUUCUUUGUUAAGCCGUGUAACAGCUAAGGACGUGAACUUUGACAGAAACCUCGUGUUAAACGAACAGCCCGUGUCGGUAAAGACUGGCGUAGCGCCAGUUACGUACAUUCAUUUAUGGGACGGUGACGUCUUUUCCAUGGGUAUUUUCGUAUUGAAAAGAGGAGCUCGCCUUCCUCUCCACGAUCAUCCGGGCAUGUUUGGACUGUGUAGAGUUAUCUAUGGUUCUGUCAGAGUCAGGAGUUACAGUCAGGUCGAGGGUGUAAGUCCCCAUGGUAACGAAGCUUUCCGCAGACUGCGGGAAUUAGGAAUGUUGAGAGAAGCGAAGAAACAUGUGGACAAAGUCGUUUCUGAAGAUGACAGUUGUGUUGUCCUGACGCCGUCCGAAGGAAACAUUCAUGAAAUAACCACCGAGUCCGGCCCGGCAGCUUUCAUUGACAUUUUAGCCCCACCUUACGAUGAGAGACAUGGGGCCCGGCGGUGUAACUAUUUUCGAGACAGAGGUCCUCUGGCGGAAGGUCAAGACGAGAGACUUGUUGUCUUAGAGCAGGUGUCUCAGCCUAUCGAUUAUUGGUGUGACUCGGCUUUUUACCUAGGCCCUACAAUAAACCCCUACCCCUCGGGGACCUGACGAUGAUGACAUGCUGUACUGUAUCAUUAAAACUUUAAUUUAUUUAGACUUUAGAUUCAUUUAAAGUUCGCACCAAUCGUGACUGACCAGAUAUGUGUAAAUGCUUGACGCUGCUCGAUUAACACGAAGAGGUCAUCAAGAGGUCAUCAGUGGAGUUUAACUUUACUAAUGUUGUAAAUUUUUGUUAGCAAAAGUUUUUCAGCAAAAGUGAUUCGAAUUAAUGGUAAAUUUUUUCCGUGCUUUUAAAGAUCAAAGCCAGCUGUGCUCAUGAGUGUGUAUAUGGGACUGUGAAACAUGCCGCAGACUUUAUUGAAAGAGACAAAAUAGUUUUUUUUUUGUUAACAAAUUUUUGUUAGCAAAAGUUUUUCAGCAAAAGUGAUUCGAAUUAAUGGUAAAUUUUUUCCGUGCUUUUAAAGAUCAAAGCCAGCUGUGCUCAUGAGUGUGUAUAUGGGACUGUGAAACAUGCCGCAGACUUUAUUGAAAGAGACAAAAUAGUUUUGAUGUAAAAAUGGUUGUUGUUAGCUACAUCUGUAAUCAAUCUGACAACGGGAGUGGUUGGCGCUGUUGUUUUGAGGCUGCUGGAUGAAUGUGAAAAGUGAAAUCUGAGAUGGUUAGCAUAUAUUUAAAUGAUGCAAUGUUGUGCCUAGAUCUGUUUUAAGAUGUGUGUUGUCAGCUAGCAUUCUGAUUGCACAUGCAUUUGAGUGCUGCCAUAUUUAAUUCAUACUUAAUGAGAGAAAUUUUUUCAUCCCUGAUAUCUGGAGCCAAAAUCUUAACAUGUAGUGUUUAAAUCCAGCUGCUCUACUUACUUAGCUGACAAAAUGUAGAGACAAAUUAUCCAAUGCUGUAUUUGUUGCCUCAAGGACUAAGCAUAUUCCGAAUAUUGUCAGUGAACUUAUAAAUGUUGUCCAUCCAUUACCUUUAUGAUUAUCUGUAUAGGCAAAUAAAUAAUGUGUCAGUAAAAUAUAAA